AUGGCGUCCCUCGUCCGUUCGUGUUUGUUGCAGGAUUCCGGCCUGUUAAAACAGAAUAUACGGGUACUUGGGUCAUUAUUAUCUGGUACAAAAUAUAGCCCACCACAAGUCCAACAACAGCGGCAUUUGUCUCUCCAUGAACAUCUAAGUUUCAAGUUACUUCAAGAGGGUGGUGUUCGUGUACCAAUAUUUCGAGUUGCCACUACCAGUGAAGAAGCUUUCAAACAUGCCAAAGAAAUUGCUGAAAAAACUGGAUCCCCUGAUGUUGUUAUUAAGGCCCAAGUACUUGCUGGUGGACGGGGACGUGGUGAGUUUGAGAGUGGUCUCAAAGGAGGUGUUAAACUUGUAUACACAGCUGAAGAAGCCCGUAAACUUGCUGCACAAAUGAUAGGAUCUCGACUGAUUACAAAACAGACUGGAGCUGCUGGUAGAAUGUGUAAUAGUGUUAUGAUCUGUGAAAGGCUCUACUCAAGGCGUGAAUACUAUUUUGCUAUUGCUAUGGAGAGGGCUUAUUCAGGUCCUGUUAUGGUUAGUAGUAUGCAAGGUGGUAUGGCCAUUGAAGAUGUUGCUAAAGAGAAUCCUGAAGCUAUCCUGAAAGACCCUAUUGAUAUUGACGUUGGGCUUACAAAUGAACAGUGUAUGAGUAUGGCUCAAAAAUUAGGAAUGGUUGGAAAAUCUGUUGAUCAGGCAAUUAAUAUCAUGAAAAGUCUUUAUGAGGUUUUUAUUAAGUAUGAUGCCACAAUGGUAGAAAUCAACCCAUUAGCAGAAGAUGCCAGUGGAAAAAUAUAUUGCAUGGAUUGUAAGUUAAAUUUUGAUGCUAAUGCUGCCCACCGCCAAAAAGAGAUUUUUGCCCUUAAGGAUUGGAGCCAAGAAGAUCCUCGAGAUGAACAAGCUGCUAAAGCAGAUCUUAAUUAUAUUGGUUUGGAUGGCAGCAUUGGAUGUCUAGUCAAUGGUGCUGGCUUAGCCAUGGCUACAAUGGAUAUUAUUAAACUUCAUGGUGGUAGCCCUGCUAACUUCCUGGAUGUUGGUGGAGGAGCUACAGCUAAGCAAGUCACAGAAGCUUUUAGACUCAUCACUUCGGAUAAAAAUGUUCAAGCCAUUCUUGUAAAUAUUUUUGGUGGUAUCAUGAGAUGUGAUGUAAUUGCUCAGGGAAUUAUUGCAGCUGCUGCAGAGCUUCAAUUACGUAUUCCUAUUGUCGUUCGUCUACAAGGAACAAGAGUUGAAGAUGCUAAGGCUUUAAUAGCUUCAAGCAACCUUAAAAUUUUAUCUUGUGAUAAUUUGGAUGAAGCAGCAAAGAUGAUUGUGAAGUUGUCUACAAUUGUUGGUCUUGCUCGAGAAGCCUUGGUGGAUGUGAAAUUUGAGUUACCUUUUUUCACAUCCUCUUCAGCUGAAUGGGUUUCAUUGAUAUUUACUUUUAACUAUGUUACUCUCUCUUCUCUCUCCACAUUUCCUGUUGUUGAUUCUUUUGUGCAUUUAUCUUAA